GAGCGGUCGGUCCAUGACAUGAAUGAACCAUGUUCGGUAACGGAGGGUUAGCUCUCCCGGUCUGCUCCUUUCUGCUGCUGCAGCUCCCGCUUCUCCCGCUGGCGAACAACUGGCCCGUUAAGGACAGAAGUGAAGGGAGGGUGGAGCAGCAUCACAUCCAUCUACAAUCACACAGCCAUGGAGGUUUGAACAGCAAACAGUCAAGCAACAAGGAGGAGGUGUUUCAAUGGUGGGGGGAGUGGUCCAGUUGGUCUUCUUGUUCCAGGAGCUGUGGAGGAGGAGUGAGGAGUCAGGAGAGACACUGUCUCAUACAGAGGCUGUCAACCACACAGAACAACAGCUCAUACUGUGUUGGCUCUCCUAAACAGUACCAGCUCUGUCCAAACCAGCCCUGUCCCAGCCCCAGUGUUAGCUUCAAACAGCACCAGUGUUCCCAAUUUAACUCCAAAGCCUUUGGAAGAAGAUACUACCACUGGGUACCUCUUUACCCAGCUGAUUACAUCAGCAUCUCCAAUAAGCCAUGUGACCUGCAGUGUACAACCAUCAGUGGUGAGCGACAGCUCCUAGUUCCUGCCCACGAUGGUACAUUCUGCCGGGAUACUAAAUACCAUGGCGUCUGUAUAGAGGGAAUAUGUCAGCCUGUAGGAUGUGAUGGGGCGCUGUACAGCAGUAAGGCAGUGGAUAGAUGUGGAGUGUGUGGAGGCAACGGGGCGUCAUGCCAGCGCAUCUCUGGAUCAUACAGGACGGCACUCACACAGUUAGGCUAUGUGUUCAUCACCAACAUCCCCGCUGGAGCCACUGACAUUCAGAUCAUAGAGAGACACAAGACUGAGAACAUCCUGGCCCUGUCGGACGAAGACGGACAUUUCUUCUUCAAUGGAAACACAGUGUUUGACAACCCACAAAACUUCCGUGUGGCAGGAACCGUGUUCAAAUACAGACGUCCAAGCAAUGUGUUCUCUGAUGGGCUGGAGUACAUCAUUGCACAGGGACCAACACUGCAGGGCCUCAAUGUUAUGUACUACAAUUUGAAUGGGAAGCUCCCCCACAUCACCUACGAGUACACCAUCCCCCUCGAGUCUUAUGACAUCACUGCUGCAGAGGGCGUCACUACAAGCCCUGGCCACUCCCACCUUAACUUCACCUAUAAUGAGGUAAGUGAGGAUGUAGGUGGGCAUCAUAUUGAGUUGACGAACCACAGCAGGGCCUUUGUGACAUCUCGCCAUCCCUACGACGCCCAGCUGGGAGCUGAUGACCAAUCAGAUAUCCAGCUGUCGGAAGAAGAAGAGGAGGAGGAGGAAGUCGUGUGGGAAAUCAGGACGCCCAGCCCUCCACCGCCAGCGGCCAUGUUGGUCUACAGACCAGCCGAUGUCACCAGUCAUGUGUUCAGCCACAAUGAUGUGGAAGAGCAGGGCCCUCCUGCGCCAUCGGGUUACCGGAGUUCCUCCAAUUCAAUCGAUGAGCCGUCCACUGUGGAGGAAAACACACUGGUGCUCUCUUUUCCAGGUAGUGUUCAUUCAGCAGCUCUGCCUGAAGAAGCCCCGUAUCUGCUGCUGGAGGAGCUACAACACAACCAGACCCACUCAAACACACACACCCUCACACAGUCAAACACAUACUCUGUCACACACACUCUCCCUGAGCCUCAUUCACCAGCAGAAACACAAGCGGAUACAUUGUCUCCCACAGACCCAGAAACACACACAGACACACAGCUGGAAAUACACUCAGAAACAGAACUCGUCCCACACUCGGACACACACACUGCCAUCUUGGUGCAGCUGCAGCAGGUGUCUGCAGUCCAGGCAGCCAACACAGAGAGCAAUGACUUUGAUGUGGGUCUAGAACCAGAUAUUAGUCUGGCAGACAUGUAUCGCUGGAAGGUUUCUGCUUAUGCUCCGUGCAGCUCAACCUGUACAACAGGUAUCACCACUAGUUAUGCCCUGUGUGUCCGUUAUGAUGGAACUGAAGUGGACGACAGUUACUGUGACUCUCUGACGAGGCCAGAGCCCACCCAUGAGUUCUGCACCGGGAAGGAAUGUCCUCCAAGGUGGGAGACCAGUGGUUGGAGCGAGUGCUCUCGAACCUGUGGCGAGGGAGUUCAGUACCGCACUGUGCGCUGCUGGAAGAUGCUGUCGCCAGGUCUUGACUCCUCCGUCUAUGAUUCACUGUGUCUGGCACAUGACCUGCACAAACCUGCUAACAGAAAGGUCUGCCUCGGCCAGAGCUGUGGGCCGCAGUGGGAGGUGUCUGAGUGGUCACAGUGCUCGGCACGUUGUGGCUCGCGUGGUGUUCGGACCCGGGAGGUUCGAUGCUCCAUGGAGAUGAGACUAUGUAACAAGUCCUCUCAGCCAAUAGAAAGUCAGGAGUGUGAGGGCCCGCCCUGUGACAGAAGAUGGACAGUUUCCGACUGGGGACCUUGCUCAGGUGUGUGUGGAGAGGGAAGGAUGGUGCGUGCCGUGACGUGUCGUUCGUCAGGUGGGGUAGUGAUGUCAGAGGAGCAGUGUGACCAAUCACUACGUCCACUGGCCAUCUAUCCCUGUGGGGACAGAAACUGCGCCCCACACUGGGUGGAACAAGAAUGGCAGCAGUGUAACGCCACCUGUGGCCGGGGUGUGCGGCAGCGUCAGGUGGUGUGUGCUGGGCUGGAAGGUGGUGUGUUCAAAGAGUUUCCGGACAGUAGCUGUGACCAAAAUCACAAACCAGAUACCAGCUCCUCCUGCUUCCAGAGACCCUGCUCCAAAUGGUUCACCACAUCCUGGUCCCAGUGCAGUAAGACCUGUGGGAGUGGUGUCCAGGUUCGAGAAGUCAAGUGUUACCAGGGGGAGGAGCUGGUAACCAGGGGCCACAGCUGCGACUCAGCCCUCAAGCCAGAAGCCAGACAGAGCUGUGAGAUCCAGAGCUGUCCGACAGACGCACCAGCAGCGGCUCCAGUAGCAUCAGUAGCGGUAGACGACUCCUGCCAAGAUAAGCCAACAGCCAACUGUGCCCUCGUCCUCAAAGUGAAACUGUGCUCCCAUUGGUACUACAGAAAGGCCUGCUGCCAGUCCUGUAAGGCACCGAGACCCUGAGGUGUCAACUGUAACCUCCCUCCUUGACCCCUCAACACCAACCACUGGUCACACCACAUCCUUUUUGGUGCUACACAAAAGCCUGCUGCUAGCAAUGUACGGCCUUAGGACAUCAACAUUUACCAUAUUAAUGUUAGCCUACCACUGAUGUCAAAGGUCAAUCUGUGGUCACUGCCUUUUACUUGUCAAUGUUAUUCCUUUACUCUUCUUCCCUCAGUCUCCUAGAAGUGAAUCCUUUGUUUCAGGAAGCAUCAUCACUACUAAGCAUAAUGCAAUCAUAAGGACUCGUAGUGCAAACACUACUACAGUAAAGUAGUUUUGAAGACAGAGCACGUGUCCUGCUCUGUAGCAACAUUUUACAACUGGAAAUUUGCAGACAACAGACAAGCUCCUCAGACAGAGGCCCUGACCACCUCCUACCCAGACAAUGUGAAGAUAGACUAGCUUUAGACACACUGGGAUGUCUGUUCAUCUGUUUACUCAACUCCACAACAGCACAUGCAAAUCAGUCGUUUAAAAAUAACCUUCCUCCAGUGUUUCCAGUACUUUAUUCUGUAUCUCACUAUUUUAAGGGAUAAAACCCCUUACGAACUCUUGUCCUGUCCGUCACUCCAAGUAUGUCCCCUCAAGUUCUGUUUAGUAAAUGUCUAUAAUCUAUCAUUACCUCACUCCUUUCUUUAAGGUGCUAUGUUCCAUGAAGAAAUAGUGGAUCCAAAGUUCAUGAAAGACUUAAUGCAGCUUUGUUGUUAGUGUGGCAACCGGCCAGGACAGACAAGACCAGGGAAACAUUGUGACUGGGGGUUCUCAGCGUUUAGUCCUGUCCUGCUUUACAUACACAGCCUCAGACAGACUGUUUGGUUUGGCUGUACUGCUGGUGCAUUGGUGAUUUGUAAAUAUGCUCUUUUUCUGCCACUGUCCAUUUUGACUACAAAACAACAAGCUGGAGCUUCGUCCUGCAUCCAGCAGGCGCUCAAAACGAACUGUGAGACAACUGCAACAUGAAGACAGCCAUCAGUAAUUCAACUCACUGCAACAUUAGAAAUCACAUUCAUUCAUUCAAUGCAUACAAAAAUCGACUAUAAACACACUCCUAUAGAUGCUGACACUACACUACAUCAACAAAACUCACUGACAGCAAAGAAAAAAAGCUUCUCUGAGCUUCACGUGGUGGAACAAGUCUGGUGCCAUUCAGAGACAAUCAUGAGGAUGUGUCCUUUAUACCAGCAAGCACCAGUCUAGCUUUAGUCUAAACCAACCACUUAGUGUUUUACGUAAAAAGUUGGACUUUUGGGGCAGUUUUUUAGAAAUUGUUUAUGGUCCAAUCCAGACUGCGAUGGGAAUCAUCAUCAGUUUCAUCCCUGUCUGUCUUCAGUUGAUAUAUGUUCAGUAUGUUUUGAGCCUUGCUUAGCACAAAGCCUGGGGGCAGUUAGAAACCACUGGCAUACUGUAUAUAACAUACCUAUCUGUCGGGAAUGAAACAAAUCCUCAAACAACUCUUAAGCUGUUAUUUAAGCAUUUUUUCAAAACCUUUGUAGUGUGUCAUUCUAAAGGAGCCUUCUUUGGAGAGUUAGAAACAGUAUAACUAUCCAAACCUGGAAACAAUUGAGUCAAUGAAAGUGCUGUGAAAAGUAGCAUCUGCAGGUACAUGAAUUCUUAAGAACCUGGGUGCUUUCAUGUCAACGUUUCGCAUGUGACGGCUCAAGUAGAAACUAAAUGGAACUGCAUCACUGUUGAGUUACUGUACAAACAGAGCAGAAACAGCUGAGGAACAGGAAUGUGGCGCUGCAGACUGCUGGGGCCAAACUCAUCUAUCCAAAACACUGUGUAAACAUGGCUGUCAGUGUCGCUCAGUCCCAGCGUGUUGUUUACCUGUUGUUACACUGCCCACAGAGCUGCUGUUGUUUUUGUUUACUGUAUUACACAUAAAGAAUAAAAGAGCAGCUGUUUUUGG